AUGAUCGAUGAAAAGCCCAGGACAAGGUGGGUGGGGCUGCUUGCAACAGCACACUGAGCGAGCUUGAUCAGCCUACACCUAGCUACCUACUUCAAAGUUGGAAAAUGAGCAGGACUGAAGGGUUUAACUUACCAAGAUUGCCAACAUCCCAUACAAGGCUGACAAGCCCUCAAUCUAUCAAGGUCCACCCAGCUGUGACUAAACCAUCCAGGGCAGAUGUAAGCAACCUGAGAACUAAGCAGCACAGAAGAUCUGUAUCUGAGCCGUCAUACACCGCAUAUUUAGGAGCACCUCGUCAAGACAUCCCUCAUCACGUUUAUCGUGAUGCUGCUAUGUUUGAUGAUGUGUUCGACAAGCAGGGAAAACUCCUUCAAUCAAGAGAUACUCCAAAAAUCACAAAUCCCUUACACAGCCUAGGCUACAGCAGCUUACAUGAUCCACACUGUCGAAAAUUGUUCUUGAAUAACAAAUCUUUGCGAUCUCACCUUAUGGAUCUGGGCUUGAUCACAGGUGACCUAAAAGUUGUAGCUUCAACUAAUGAGCAGCGACAGAAGAUACGGGCCCAUGAGUUACUUGAGAGGAAGGAGACACUUCUUUUUAAACUAGAGACGCAGGAGCAACAAAGAAUCCAGCGGUUACAGAGAGCACCAAGACAACUUCCGUCCAAGUACCUUGACAGCAUGCUCAAGUCAGAAAAGAGAAUGGAGAGAGCGGAGGUUGUACAACAAAUGAAAAUGGACAAAAUUAUUCAAGCUCAAGAGCGAAAAGAGGAGCUGGCUGAUAAGAAAAGGUUGGCUCAACAGAAAAAGAUGAAGCAAGCCACUGAGGAAGCAAAACUGUUUGAGCAAGCAAAGAGAAAUGCAGCAAGACACAGGCAAGAGUGUGCUGAACUGGCUGCAUAUGAAAGGCAGUAUGGAAAGUUUGGUCGACAAUUGGCCAUUUGGCAUAGGGACUCUGAUAGAAUCCACAACAGAAUGAUCUUGAUGGAGCGCACAUGCUGGUCAAAACAAAAAGAGCAAAAGCAAACAGAGGACCAUCCACGCCAUGCCGCCAAAUUGUCACCGACUGAAAGUAGUGCACCUUCAACGCCCAGUCAACAUUCUAAUCAGCCUCAAAUACAAAAGGAAAGUGUCCCGGUUCCUGGUGAGCUAGCCCCUCAAACUGAUAGUGAAGAAUUAGCCAUACCAGUUAAUGUUGAAGAAGACAGUAAAGAGAAAUCCACUAGUCCGGCACUAUCAGAAGUAACAAAGGACAUCGCUCAAAUUGAAGAGAAAAGCUGGGAAAUUGACACAACAGCAGCAACUGCAGCUUCUAAAAGUGAUGUUGACAUCAAACCAACUACGUACAGUUUGCAAGAGGUUGAAGAAAGCAUAACAAACCUGGCAAUCCAAGAUGAGAAGGCAGAGAAUGUUUUUGUGACUGUUCUGGAUCGUGAUCAAAGUGAUGCACAACUUACUACCAUCUUCGUUGAUGCUCUACAAAGAAUGGAUUACCAGGGUCGUGGGUUUGUCAGCAUUGAUGAUUUCACUCAACUGCUUAAUUCACGAGAUCUGGGAUUACAGCUAAAUGAGAAUGAGCUCCUGUACAUAGCUGAACAAGUGGAUCCAGGAAAUGGAUGGGUGCCAUUCGUGCCUGUAGCUCAACAACUGCCAGAGUUUUUGGUAGCUAUGUACAAUCAGCGAGCGGAACUACAAACACAACAAUAUGGCGCCUACAUGGAAGAUCAGUGGUGUCAAAUGUACCUCCUCUCCGGGGUCACUUACUACAACAAGCUAACUGGAGAAAUAUUAACAGGCGGACGACCAGAAGAUUUCAGGCCACAUCUGAAGGAAGAUCCAUUUGAAGAAUCAAUUGUGGACUUUUUCGAGACAGCUGAUACAGACAAGGAUGGAGUCAUUAACAUCAACAAUUUCUAUUCGCUGCUAGUGUCACCAAUGGUGAGCACACGUAUCUACAGCAACCAAAUGGAGGAUCUCCUGACAUUGUUUCAGGAGAGUAGUGAAAAUGGUCUUGCAACACUGGAAACCUUUGCCCCAAUAGUCAAGAUAUUGCUGGUUAUGAUCUACCAAAAUGCUUACCCAGAUGUAGAGGAAUGGAUCGAGUUAGACUCCAGAAAAUGUGGUACGUUUCUCUUCAACAAAGACACUGGUGAGACCUAUGUGCAGAAGCUCUCUGAGACUGGAGAAGCAACCGAUACUGAAGAGAGAGCCAAGCAAUCUGCUACGACAGGAAGCUCAAAAAGGGCCGUACAAAUUCGUUCAUCCACAAGUCAACCUGAGAGUGAAUACACUGGCAUUGGUAUAGUACCAGAUGAAACAGAUGAAGGAACCAGUGUUCCUCAAGGCAGGGUGGCUCCUCAAGAGCAGUCUGUAGAAACACCAGCUGAGGCAAAAUCAGAGGAGAAAUUACACAACAAAGAAGCAUCAACUGGCCAAACACUUGAAGGCAAAGAAGUAACACUUACCCUUGUUAACUAAGAAGACAAGCAUCUUUUGCUUAUAAAAUGUACAUGUAUAUAGACCCUUGUACAAUAGUUUUGAUUGAUUAUUUUCUCGCACCCAGACGUGCAUUUAUAUACCAGGAUGUCCACGUACAACUGUGUAAUUAUAGUGUGUAACACUAGAAUUUUUUUUAAAAAACCAGUAUAAAUUGAAGCACUGAA